AUGGCUGACACAUUGGAACACAAAACCUUUACUCUUAACACUGGUGCCAAAAUCCCCGCAAUUGGAUUUGGCACUUGGAAAGCUGGGCCUGGAGAAGCCGCUGCUGCCGUUAAAUCGGCAUUUGACGUGGGGUAUAGACAUUUUGCAAAUGGAAAUGAAGCUGAGAUUGGACAAGUAUUUGAAACCAUUCCAGUGCCACGAAAUGAUUAUUUUGUGACUACCAAGCUUUGGUCAUCCGACCAUCGUCGAAUUAUCCCUGCCCUUCAAAAAUCACUUGAUGAUUUGCGCCUCGAUUACGUCGAUCUGUAUCUCAUGCAUUGGCCUGUUACUCUGCCCGCUUCAUCCCCGGAGACAUACGGGAAGGAGGAUCGUACGGCUCACGACCCCGACUGGGACUUUAGGGACACUUGGCGUGAGAUGGAAAAACUCCUGCAGACAGGAAAAGUACGCGCCAUAGGCGUUGCAAACUUUUCAACCGUCAACCUGGAAAAGCUGCUGAAGAGCUGCUCUGUCGUGCCCGCAGUCAACCAAACCGAGAUUCAACCUUUGCUCCCUCAAAAGAAACUCAAUGCUCUUUGCAUAAAGCAUGGUGUUCACCAGACAGCAUUCGGGCCCUUGGGAGGGAGUGGAAGCACUCUGCACGAGGACCCUAUAAUUAACUCCAUAGCGCAAAAGAGGGGCUGCAGCUCGGGCAACGUGUUGCUGAGUUGGGGAGUAGAGAAGGGUUGGAGUGUCAUUCCAAAGAGCACCAAUCCGUCAAGAAUUGCCAAAAACCUUCAGCAAUGUUUCGUUAUGGAUGACAACGAAACAGUUAAGAUUGACGAGCUUGUCACGUCUCUCGGAGGCAAGAGAUUCAAUCGGCCAAACUGGGGAACAACAAUUUUUCACGACGAUGCUGAUGCAAAUGUACAAUAA